AUGCAUAAACAGAAGAUGAGGACUCACUCACUCAAACGAAUGGUUCAAUGGCAAAGAUCCAUUUUCGAAAACUUCAUCGCUUCUCCAGUUUCGCUGGAUCUUGGUAGCAGCGGCUUCUGCAGUGCUGCUGGCAUUCGGUGCAACGACACUGGCCUUUCACCCUGUUCCAACAAGCCUUACCGCCGAAGACUCCUCGAUGCCGAGCUCGAUGGCGCCCUGGUCUGCGACCCUGUUCGAUCGAUUCAGGUUGUCAACACUCGCCGCUUCUUCCAUCUCAGUGAAUUCACGCCGGGGUCUCUUUUCACGUUCCCAGCCUUCUACAAUGCCCCAGCCACGCGAUUCCUCGCUCAUCCCCUCGCCGCGAAGAUCUCAUUGGACCCGCAGGAGCUUCCGGUCACCAUGGCCACUCUCCACAUUGUCAACGCCCCCGUCAUGAAGCUCUUCAUGGUGUCGACGCUCUCUGCGUGCGCGCAUGCUCCAUCUUCCAUCGAGACCAAGAGAUGCACGCCGAGCUUGAGAGAGCUCUCUAGCUUCGUUUCGGUAGCCCUGAACACCACGUCCCCGGUGGUUCGCGGCUCCAAAGGCACUUCCCACAUGGAUCAGCUGCUAGCCAACAAGCAAGUGCAAGUUCGCAAGCUGGCAGAAAUCGUCCCGGUUUCAAAGCCUCACGUCGCGUGUCACAGGAUGGCGUAUCCUUUCAUGCUGCACUACUGCCACAUGGUACAAGGUACCCACGUUUUCUCUGUUACGAUUGCCACCCACCACGAUGAUGAAGUCGAAUACUUGCUCGAGUGUCACACCAUCACCAAGUACAUGAAGCCCGGCAAUGCGAUCCUCAACCAGCUGGGUCUCAAGCCAGGAGAAGGCGAGUUCUGCCACCUUGUUGAAUCGUCCGCUCUCAUCUUCACAAACUAA